GUUGGCUUCCGGGUCGCGUCGUUGCGCUGCCCUCCCCGCCCCGCCAUGCAGGCCGGGCCCGGGCCCGGCGGCGGGGAGGUCGGUCACCCGGCCGAGAGGGAAGUAGCUAAACCUUAUGUGCCGACAGAGGAGGAAAGACGACUCCUCAAGGAAUGUGCUGAGGAGAGUGCCCGGUAUAGAGCUUUUCCUUUGGCUGCAGUGAGCAUGCUUGGUACCAGCUUCUUAAUUAGGAAAGGUGUUCUAAGAGAUACCUCAAGAUUUGGCUCUUUUACAAAAGUGGCAUUUGCUGGAAUGUGUGGAUACCUGGCUGGAAAGAUAUCCUACUUGCCAAUCUGUAGCGAGAAAUUUAAGAAACUGCAGGAUUCCCCAAUAGGAGAUGUUCUACGACAAGCUCAGAGACAUAGUUCACAACACCGUUCCAGUCGGAAAUCUGAAUUUUCAGACAUGCCUUCUCAGUCAUUUACUGAAUCUUCUCCAAGAGCUGGGUUCCCACUUACUUCUAGCUACUCAGAUGAUUAUAGUUCAACAGAUAGAGGCCUGUCCAGUUAUGAGCCUGUUCCAUUCAGUGCUUCCCUGAAUGAAUCUUCACCUACAGGAAUUACUGAUUACACUGCUCAAGAUCCUGCUCCAAUUCCAGAAGAAAGCCGUAAAAAAAAAGGCAUCACAUAUGAGGAAUUAAGGAAUAAACACAGGGAGACGUAUGAAGUAAUGCUGCCACCAAAGGCAGAAAGUCCAAGCAAGUUUUCACAGGAAAAACCAGUUAAGGAAGUUAAAGUAAACAAAUAUGGAGAUACCUGGGAUGAGUAAGAGCCAAAUGAAGAACUGAAGAAAUUCUCUCCUGUCAGCUAAGUUCAUCUAGAUUAGUCAUGAGUAUUGGCACCUGUUGCAAGACACAGCUAUUAAUGAAUGAGGAGAAAAUCCUGACUUGCCAGAAGAUUAAAAAAAAAAAAAAAGAAAAAAAUUUAGGCUUAAUUCCUUUAAAUUUCCAUAAAUGGUAAGCAAGGCUAUGGUGAGGUGUCAUGACUGAACCAUUUGUGCUGUUUAAGAACGAAAAGGGUAACUGGCAAUAACUAAUGCAAAUGUAUUGCAGAAGGUAAAAAUAUAUGUAAAUAAAUGCAAUCAUGUGUAUUGGGAAGGGAAAAACAUCAGAAUCUUCUCAAAUUUUCAAGACUUGCAUUAAAGUUACCUGUAGAACUAA